AUGCUGAUGUGGAUAUUGGAUCAGUCCCCACCACUCUCCCCCCACCAACAGCUCUCCCCCACCAACAGCUCUCCCCCCACCAACAGCUCUCCCCCCACCAACAGCUCUCCCCCACCAACAGCUCUCCCCACCAACAGCUCUCCCCACCAACAGCUCCCCACCAACAGCUCUCCCCACCAACAGCUCUCCCCACCAACAGCUCUCCCCCAACAGCUCUCCCCCCCAACAGCUCUCCCCCCAACAGCUCUCCCCACCAACAGCUCCCCCCACCAACAGCUCUCCCCACCAACAGCUCUCCCCCACCAACAGCUCUCCCACCAACAGCUCCCCCCAACAGCUCUCCCCCACCACCAACAGCUCUCCCCCACCAACAGCUCUCCCCACCAACAGCACUCCCCCCACCAACAGCACUCCCCCCCCAACAGCUCUUCCCCCCAACAGCUCUCCCCCCCAACAGCUCUUCCCCCCAACAGCUCUCCCCCCCAACAGCUCUUCCCCCCAACAGCUCUUCCCCCCAACAGCUCCCCCCACCAACAGCUCCCCCCCCACCAACAGCUCCCCCCACCAACAGCUCCCCCCACCAACAGCUCCCCCCACCAACAGCUCCCAGCCCACCAACAGCUCCCCCCACCAACAGCUCCCCCCCAACAGCCACCAACAGCUCUCCCCCCAACAGCUCUCCCCCACCAACAGCUCUCCCCCACCAACAGCACUCCCCAACAGCUCUUCCCCCCAACAGCUCUUCCCCCAACAGCUCCCCCCCCCAACAGCUUUCUCCCCCCAACAGCUCUCCCCCACCAACAGCUCUUCCCCCCCAACAGCUUUCCCCACCAACAGCUCUCCCCCAAGAACAGCUCUCCCCCAACAGCUCUCCCCCCACCAACAGCACUCCCCCCAACAGCUCUCCCCCCACCAACAGCUUCCCCCACCAACAGCUCUCCCCCCACCAACAGCUCUCCCCCCACCAACAGCUCUUCCCCCCCCAACAGCUCUUCCCCCAACAGCUCCCCCCACCAACAGCUCUCCCCCAACAGCUCCCCCCCCCAACAGCUCUCCCCCAACAGCUCUUCCCCCCCAACAGCUCCCCCCCCAACAGCUCCCCCACCAACAGCUUCCCCCCCCACAGCUCUCCCCCCCAACAGCUCUCCCCCCCAACAGCUCUCCCCCCUUCCCAACAGCUCCCCCCCCAACAGCUCUCCCCCCCAACAGCUCUCCCCCACCAACAGCUCUCCCCCACCAACAGCUCUCCCCCCAACAGCUCCCCCCACCAACAGCUCCCCCCCACCAACAGCUCCCCCCCCAACAGCUCCCCCCACCAACAGCUCUCCCCCACCAACAGCUCUCCCCACCAACAGCUCUCCCCCCCAACAGCUCUCCCCCACCAGCUCUCCCCCCCAACAGCUCUCCCCACCAACAGCUCCCCCCACCAACAGCUCCCCCCACCAACAGCUCCCCCACCAACAGCUCUCCCCCCAACAGCUCUUCCCCACCAACAGCUCCCCCCCAACAACAGCUCUUCCCCCCAACAGCUCUUCCCCCCCCAACAGCUCUUCCCCCCCAACAGCUCUCCCCCCAACAGCUCCCCCCAACAGCUCUCCCCCCAACAGCUCUCCCCCCAACAGCUCUCCCCCCAACAGCUCUCCCCCCAGCUCUCCCCCUAACAGCUCCCCCACCAACAGCUCUCCCCCCCCAACAGCUCUCCCCCCCCCAACAGCUCUCCCCCCAACAGCUCUCCCCCCCCAACAGCUCUCCUCCCCACCAACAGCUCUCCCCCACCAACAGCUCUCCCCACCAACAGCUCUCCCCCACCAACAGCUCUCCCCCCAACAGCUCUCCCCCACCAACAGCUCUCCCCCCACCACCAACAGCUCUCCCCCACCAACAGCUCUCCCCCACCAACAGCUCUCCACCAACAGCUCUCCCCCAACAGCUCCCCCCAACAGCUCUCCCCACCAACAGCUCUCCCCCACCAACAGCUCUCCCCACCAACAGCUCUCCCCCACCAACAGCUCUCCCCACCAACAGCUCUCCCCCAACAGCUCUCCCCCACCAACAGCUCUCCCCCACCAACAGCUCCCCCCACCAACAGCUCCCCCCACCAACAGCUCUCCCCCCACCAACAGCUCUCCCCCACCAACAGCUCCCCCCACCAACAGCUCUCCCCCCAACAGCUCUCCCCCCAACAGCUCUCCCCCCACCAACAGCUCCCCCCAACAGCUCUCCCCCACCAACAGCUCUCCCCAACAGCUCUUCCCCACCAACAGCUCUUCCCCCCAACAGCUCCCCCCCAACAGCUCUCCCCACCAACAGCUCUCCCCCAACAGCUCUUCCCCCCACCAACAGCUCUUCCCCACCAACAGCUCUUCCCCCCAACAGCUCUCCCCCAACAGCUCUAAAGCUCUCCCCCCCCAACAGCUAUCCCCCCAUCUACAGAACAUAGACUCCCCCCACCAACAGCUCCCCUAA